AUGGCGAUUGAAGCACAAAUUGAGAUUGCCGCACCGCCUUCUAAGGUGCGAGAAAUUUUACUCGACUUCUCCAAAUAUCCACAAUGGCACACAACAUUAAUCAAAUUGCUGAAUCCCGAGGAUAGCUCCAAGUUGCUUUCGGCGCUCAAACCAGGCGAUAAAGUCAAAUGCAACUUUGAUGACAUGAAAUUCGUUGCGAACAUCACGGCAAACUCAGAGAACCCCUUCCAGUGGCAAGGCCCACUAGUCCACGGCCUCAUCAAGUUUAUGGGCCCGAUCUCAUUCCUUAUGACACCGUCCGUUCUUGGGAAAAAGAUGGUACGUCAAUAUAAUAAAUUCAACAGCGAUCUCAAAUAUUAUGCCGAAGCGCCUGGCUAGCCAAGAAAAUGGGUUAAUUGGUGAAAUAACCAACCUUUAUGAUAGCACGUCUAGUUAAACUGCGCAAUCUUCAAUUUUCAAUCGUGGGCUCUUUUCUUCUCGCCUUAAAUUUGAAGAUGUAGUGUACCUACCGUUAAC